CGGCGCAGCUGAGCGCUUGUCCCGCCUCCGCGCUGAGGGACGCGCUGCGCGUAUUGGCCGAGUGGCGCCGUCGGUCAUCGCCCCUCUGACGGAGGACGGGAGAGGACGGUGGGGGGGCUGCCCUGCCCGGUUUCGGGACUUGGCAGCAGGUUGGGUUGCGCGGCAGGGCGAGGGAGGAGGAGGCGGCUUCGGCAGCAGCGAGGGAAGCGGCGAGGCGGAGGCGGCCGAGGAGGAAGAGAGAAGGAAGGCAGAGAAAAAGACAAGCAGGAUAAGAGGGAAGCCAGGCCUCAGCCUCAUCUAAGGGAGCAAGAUCCCUGGGAUUCCAUUUUGCUGUCUGCUUAACAGGUGUGUUCCAAGGACGUUGGAAGAAAAGCAUUCCAGAGGCUGACGUAGAGCCCAUGGCAGACCAUGUCGACCACUAACAACAUCGCCCAGGCACGGAAGUUGGUGGAGCAGCUGCGGAUUGAGGCCGGGAUCGAGAGGAUAAAGGUCUCCAAAGCCUCCUCGGAGCUCAUGAAUUACUGUGAGCAGCAGGCCAGGAACGACCCUCUGCUGGUGGGCGUCCCAGCCUCCGAGAACCCCUUCAAGGAUAAGAAGCCCUGCACCAUCCUAUAGCCUGCACCCCGCCUGGAUCUCUCUCUUGGCGGCAUUGGACACCCGAGGCCUACCAGUGGCAGAGAGGGGCUCCUCCACCCCGAGGCUCCGUCAGGGUGCAGACUACACCAAGCCCAGGUCCAAUUCUGACCCCCGGGGGGAUCCCAAUCCCGGGAACAAGGUUGGCCAGGUUGAGGAGCACAGGGGGUGCUUAGGGGCGGGGGAGGCGGGCAUGCCCUUUUGGAAACCGCCCUGAUGUCCGUCCGGUGGGCCGGGGUCGGCCUGGACACCAAGCAGCCCGUUCCCCACUUUGGCCCUUGGCAGGUGAGACCAGAGGUGUGGCUCUGUGGGAGGUGGGCUCUCUGCACGUGCGUCUGCGCACUGUGCCCCUUUGCAGAUGACCCACCCAGGAGUCCUGGGUUCAAAAGCCUCUCAUGAGCAGUGGAGAGAAGGCAGGAACCAUGACCUGGCCCCUCCCAUUCCCCCAAGGUGGCUCCUGCCUUGGAAGUGCCACGGACCCCCUGCAGAAUCCCUGACAGGGCUGGGGGGGCCAGGGGGUGCCUUCCUGUCCCCACGGAGAAGUGUCCCCCGUUUGCAGCAGCACCCUUCCUUGGGGAGCAGACCCCCUCUUGUGCACCCCUCCUAACCUGAGCCGCUCGCCCGCAUGAGUCCCCCAUAAACAACUCCCUCCUUCCUGAGAGAGCGAAAGGCUCCUUCCUUGAUGUGGGAGGAGCAGAAUGUGGGCAUCUUCC